CGCUCAAGCAUGUUUAUUGGUAGGGUUGUUCUCGAGUACGAUUUUGAACUAGCCCUAACCGGUGUCUCUCCGCUGAAUUUCCAUGACUACAAGCAGAGUUAGCGCCUUACACCAUCCCAUUUCUUUGACAUCAUUUCCGUCCUUACCUAAAUCCCCUUUACCCAUUUAUUCCUUUCCAUGCCAUCACAACCCCGAACCUCCCAGGUUACCCUCCUUCUCCAACAUCUAUAUUAUACGGAGUAUAUGAUAUGAAUAUCAGUGUAUAUACAAUAUGGUUGAGUAUUUUUAACCAAAAAUGGGAAGCAAGAAAGAAGCUGGUCCGGAUGCAUAUAGUUUCUUGUUUGGUGCAUGAGUCUAAAAAUUUAUCUGAAUCAGCGGAAAUGGACAUUGACUUGAAGCUUCCAAGGAGAAAGCUUUUGGCCACUUUUACAUGCAACCCAUGUGGUGCUCAAUCUCAAAGGUUCAUAAACCGCUUAGCUUAUGAAAGAGGACUUGUCUAUCUCCAGUGUUCAGGGUGCGCAAAGUAUCAUAAAUUGGUGGACAAUCUUGGACUUGUUGUUGAAUACAUUUUGGGAGAUAAAAUUGAUGCUGGGGAUGAUUCGGAGUCAAUUUUAGAUAAACCAGGUGCAGAAUCUUUGUAGCAAAAGACCAGUGUAACAUAGAUAUGGCUAGAAUGAACAAAUUUGUAGAUCAAUUGUAUUACACAAGCUAUAUGAGAUUGUUAAUGGGGGAGAGUGAAAUAAGGGCUCAUUUCCUAGUUUACAAAUACAAAUCACUUUGCAUGUAAAAUAGUUUACAAUGUUUGGCUAGAUGUGUCAUUCAUUUUUAAGUUGCACGUAGAGUCGUUAUAAUGCUU